AUGUCAGUUGUAUUAUUCCAGGUUAUUGGAGAGACAGCAUUAAUGGAGGCUGCCACGGAUGGAUACCUGGAGAUCUGUCGUCUCCUCAUUGAUAGAGGAUGUAAGAUCGACAUCACAGAGGAGUAUAGAGGACGGACAGCAUUAAUGAGGGCUGCCGAGGGAGGACACCUGGAGAUCUGUAGACUCCUCAUUGAUAGAGGAUGUAAGAUCGACAUCACAACAGUUAGAGGAGAGACAGCAUUAAUGAAGGCUGCCAUGUGGGGAUACCUGGAGAUCUGCAGACUCCUCAUUGAUACAGGAUGUAAGAUCGACAUCACAGAUACAGAGUAUGGACGGACAGCAUUAAUGAUGGCUGUCGUGGGAGGAGACCUGGAGAUCUGCAGACUCCUCAUUGAUAGAGGAUGUAAUAUCAACAUCACAUCAAGAGAUGGAUACACAGCUUUACAUUAUGCUGCUGAGGAGGGAUAUCCACAGACCACAAGAUGUCUGGUUAAACGAGGUGCCAGUCCUUUGGUGACAACACAUAAGGUAAUAUUUUAUAGAAUUUGA